GCUACUCGGGUGAACAUUGGCUACUAGAUCGAUAUCGGCAUUCUGAUUAAUCAAGGGACAGAACAGACUGUGGAUCCCAAAUUGUAUAUCGCUAUAUAUUAUGCAUAUUUAUAAAUUAUUUACAAAAGCGGUCCUAAUAAGUGCCGCCAACAGAGAAAUUACAAUAUUAUGUGCGCUCGGGGUAUAUCACAUUUGUCUAGCUACAACCCCUUGCGACCCACCCCCCUCCCACUACCCAUCAAAACAAUCUGCUUGCAAAAAUUUCGGACGAAUACGACUGCAUUUGCCAGUUUACUCGACGGACAUUGAGAGCGUGACUAGAUGCAGUCUGCUACCAUCUUGAUCUCGUGUAAAGAUAUUCCAUUUCUUGGUUGAAGGAAUACAUUAGUCAGUAAGUAUAAUAGUGUAGUGCGCGGGUGGCUGCGUUUUGGUAUAUUACAUGAUACAAAGGCCCAAAGCUCGGGUCACCAGUAGGUUACACACGCAAGUAACAGAGUAAAUGGACAAUUGUAUACAUAGGAUUCUUUUACAAAUAUUAUAAUAGAAAACGACAGAGAGGUGUACACGGUCAGCUUUAUACCCAAACACAUCAUAAUCCUAUAAUGGAAGUAUUAGUAUUAGUAAGCUAAGUCGCAGUAUGUGUAUUAAGCAUUAUGUGAAAACGCUUCUGAGGUAAAAUAAUUUGAAAACGAAUACAGAAAGCAAUUACAUUUGGAGUUACCAGAGGGCGAUCUACCAAAAUGUUCAUAUUUACUAAAAGUUGUACGAUGGCAGUGCAGUUCAUCUCGCGUCGUGUCCAACUAGGAUGGAAAACAAUCGUCAAUGUCUUACUUGCAAUGAUGUUUAUCUACGCAAUAUCAAUGAUGACUUAUGUUUACACUCAAGACAAACAAGACACACCGAUGUCAACUAGGGCAAUGCCCAUUCCACGAGCUGAGCAAGAAAAUGACGAACAAAAAACAACACAGGGCUUGAAUCAUUCAAGUAAAUACUGUGAAGUAAUGCUGAAUAUUGUAACAAGUUUUCCUGAUUUACUGGCAAAUGACACAUACCUUGCCAGUAGAGGAUACACGCACGAAGAUGCUCUCAACAGACGUAAUAGACACAGGGAAUACCUAGCUAGCUUAAAGAUGAACAUUGAUCACCCGUGUGUGGAACAGAUACAUCUCUUGGUGGAGACAGUGAACGUCAAACAAUCCAUUAAAAAUCAGACGAUAUUUCGGAUAAACGCAUCUCUGGUGGACUCUUUCCUUACUUUUUCAGAAAUAAAUGGUAAGCCAACAUACAGAAUGCUUGCUGAAUAUGCAUCCGAGAACCUUAUAGGCAAGAUAGUGGUGUUCCAAAACGCUGACAUAUCACUCGGUGAGGGAUUUGAAGAUAUUAAAAUGGAGUACGUGAAAGACAGACGGAUCAGUUAUUCAUUAAGUAGACAGGGACCACGGAAUAAAACGUCGUGCCAGUUAUGGAACUAUUGCAUAAAAUACGUAGGAUCUCAUGACACUCACAUGUUCUAUAUGCACAGUCCAUUUCC